AUGGAAAACAAAACAUAUUUUUACUUUAUGUUGUUUAAAAAUCUUGGGCAUAUAAGAUAUGCUUUGUUUACAUUGGGAUUUGUUUUAUACUGUGUGAUCAUAACUCUAAAUGUCCUUAUUAUUCUUGCAAUAUGUUUGGAAAGGACAUUACACCAGCCCAUGUACAUUCUGAUUUCAUGUUUGUCCAUUAACUCUGUGUAUGGUACAGCUGCCUUUUUUCCAAGGGUGAUGUCAGACUUGCUAUCUGAUACACACAUAAUCUCCACUGAAGCAUGCAUCAUCCAGUGUUUUGUCCUUUUCUCAUAUACAACAAAUGAGUUUGCAACAUUAAUGUUAAUGGCAUUUGACAGAUUUGUUGCAAUCAGUAAACCUUUACAAUACCAUAACAUAAUUACUUUAAGGGUACUAACUGUUUUAAUUUUUAUACACUGGAUUUUUCCAAUGAUUUGUAUUGGUAUCGCAGGUGUUUUGACUGCCAGACUGACAAUGUGUGAUGAUAAACUGUGGAAGGUGUACUGUCACAAUUAUGAAAUUGUUAAACUCUCUUGUACAAAUGGUUUAAUUAUUAAUGUUUGGGGGGCUUUUGUAUUGAUUAUAUCUGGUGUUAUUCCAUUAUGUUUAAUAUUAUAUUCUUAUGUUAAAAUUCUUAUCAUUUGUCAAAGAAGCUCAUCACAGUUCAGAAGCAAAGCUUUACAAACUUGUAUUCCACACAUAGUGAUUCUUGUAAAUUUUGCAAUUGGCAUUAUUUCUGAAGUCACAUUAAGUCGCUUUGUGAAUUUAGAAAUGCCAACAUGGCUGUCAGUAUUUUUUUCACUGGAGUUUCUAGUUGUACCCCCAAUCCUUAACCCUCUUGUUUAUGCUUUAAACUUCACUGAUAUUCGCAGAAAAAUUAUUCGCUUUAUAAAAGCAUCCAGUUAGAUAUGCUGAUGUGAUCCAAAAAUAAAGAAAAUGUUACACAGAAUGUUACAGCUUGUAAUCCUUGCAAAUGAAAAAAAUCACCUAACCAUCUUUAAUUGUAAAGUAAUGAAUUAAAAGUUUUAAAUAACUGGCUUAUGACAUGUAAUGUACACAUUGAUUAUCAAAAGGAACCUUUUAGUCAUGGGUGAAGCAUGUGUACAAUUGGCGAAAGCUAAUCACAGUGGCUCAAUGAGUAACAUUGUUGUCUUACAGCAAGAAGAUCCCAGGUUCAAGCCCUGGCUGUGUCAGGUCUUUUGUGUGGAUGUUCUUCCUGUGUCAGGGGUUUACUCCAGGUACUCUGGUUUGCUCCCACAAUCCAACAAUGUAGUUUAUCUGAACUGGAGAUAUCAAAUUGCCCCUCCCAACUUGUGUAUAGAUAAAUGUGUUUAUAGAUUAACCGGUUCUUGCAAUGAAUAUAGCCAUAGAUGCUGGAAUGGCGUGAAGAAUAAAUAAGCCAUAUGCCUGAAAGCUUUAAACAAUAAACAACAAUGAAUCAAGUCAGCAAACAUCAGCUAAAAUUAAAUUAGAUGACAAUU